AUUAUCAUGGGGAGAGGAAAGAUUGAGAUCAAGCGUAUCGAGAACAACACAAGCCGUCAGGUUACCUUUUGCAAGAGAAGGAAUGGGCUGCUCAAGAAAGCCUAUGAAUUAUCUGUGCUUUGCGACGCAGAGGUCGCACUAAUCGUCUUCUCCACCCGCGGCCGCUUGUAUGAGUACUCCAAUAACAGCAUCAAGUCAACAAUAGAAAGGUACAAGAAGGCAUGUGCCAAUGCUUCGAAUUCAAGCUGCACCAUUGACACCAACUCACAGCAAUACUUUCAGCAGGAAUCGGCAAAGUUGCGCCAUCAGAUACAGAUUCUACAAAAUGCAAACAAGCACCUGAUGGGUGAAUCCUUGAGCGCACUCAGUGUAAAAGAGCUAAAGCAACUGGAAAACAGACUUGAAAGAGGCAUCACAAGGAUCAGAUCCAAAAAGCAUGAGCUGUUGUUUGCGGAAAUUGAGUACAUGCAGAAAAGGGAAGUGGAGCUUCAGAAUGACAAUAUAUACUUACGAGCCAAGGUGGCAGAGAAUGAGCGAGCACAAGAAGAAAUUAUUGUGUCAACUGGCACCGAUCACUUCGAUACUCUUCCGGCUUACGAUUCGAGGACCUAUUACCAUGUCAACAUGAUGGAGGGAUCCUCACACUACUCUCACCAUCAAGAACAGACUGCGCUUCAUCUUGGUUAUGAGAUCAAAGAUAGUUCUGCUGCAAAGAACUUGAUGUAA